UCUUGUUGUCGGACGGUCGCUGUGUGCUAAUGGCUCCUCCUGCAACAGUGAUACGGAGCUGAGCAAGGGUUGCAGGGGCGACGCAAAAAUAUAUAUUUUUCUCGAGCCGCAGGAAAGGGUGACUUAUUGCGCAAUGUUUAAGAAAAAAACACUUUAGAUUGCGUGCUUAGACGUCGUUCCAACUAUAGAGAAGGGUUUGAUUUAUUUUAUUCUAAACACCGCAAAUGAACUCCGUCAGAGCAACCAGCAGAAGACCCAGGCGAGUGUCGAGGCCGCGCCCGGUACAGCCGGAAAGGAACAACCAGGAAAGAGAUGAGGACGUCCCUGCAGAUAUGGUUGCAGAAGAAUCCGGUCCAGGAGCUCAGAAUAGUCCGUACCAACUUCGAAGAAAGUCUCUACUACCCAAGAGAACAGCAGCGUGUCCAGCAAAGACUAACAUGGAGGGUGCUUCCACUUCAGCCACAGAAGACUUUGGCCAUCGGGCAAAGCGUGCCAGAGUCUCAGGAAAGUCUCAAGAUUUAACAGCAGCUCCCGCAGAGCACUACCUCCAGGAGAAGCUGCCAGAUGAGGUGGUUCUGAAGAUCUUCUCCUACCUGCUGGAGCAGGACCUGUGUCGCGCAGCAUGUGUCUGCAAACGCUUCAGCGAACUGGCCAAUGACCCCAUCCUCUGGAAGAGGCUGUACAUGGAGGUGUUUGAGUACACGCGUCCCAUGAUGCAUCCUGAGGCGGGGAAGUUCUUCCAGAUUAACCCAGAAGAGUACGAGCAGCCCAACCCGUGGAAGGAGAGCUUUCAGCAGCUGUAUAAAGGAGCACAUGUGAAGCCAGGCUUCGCAGAACACUUCUACAGUAAUCCUGCCAGAUACAAAGGAAGAGAGAACAUGCUUUACUAUGACACCAUCGAGGAUGCCUUGGGAGGUGUUCAGGAGGCCCACUUUGACGGCCUCAUAUUCGUACACUCUGGGGUCUACACUGAUGAGUGGAUUUACAUUGAAUCGCCCAUCACAAUGAUCGGAGCUGCAUCUGGUAAAGUAGCAGACAAAGUGAUCAUUGAGAACACCAGAGACUCAACGUUUGUCUUCAUGGAGGGCUCAGAGGAUGCAUACGUCGGCUACAUGACCAUCAAGUUUAAUCCUGAUGAUAAAUCUGCCCAGCACCACAAUGCCCACCACUGUCUGGAGAUUACAGUCAACUGCAGUCCCAUCAUUGACCACUGUAUCAUACGCAGCACUUGCACAGUGGGCUCAGCGGUCUGUGUGAGCGGCCAGGGAGCUUGUCCCACCAUCAAACACUGCAACAUCAGCGACUGUGAGAACGUGGGGCUUUACAUCACUGACCAUGCACAGGGAAUCUACGAGGACAAUGAGAUCUCCAACAACGCUCUGGCAGGGAUCUGGGUGAAAAACCAUGGCAACCCUAUCAUCAGACGGAACCACAUCCACCACGGCAGAGACGUGGGCGUCUUCACCUUCGACCACGGCAUGGGCUACUUUGAGAGCUGCAACAUCCACAGGAACCGCAUAGCUGGCUUUGAGGUGAAGGCGUACGCCAACCCCACGGUGGUGCGCUGUGAGAUCCACCACGGACAGACGGGAGGGAUCUACGUGCAUGAGAAGGGCAGAGGACAGUUCAUCGAGAACAAGAUCUAUGCAAACAACUUUGCUGGAGUGUGGGUCACCUCCAAUAGCGAUCCUACAAUAAGGGGCAACGCCAUCUUCAACGGUAACCAGGGUGGCGUUUACAUAUUCGGUGACGGCCGAGGCCUCAUUGAGGGGAAUGAUAUCUACGGUAACGCCUUGGCAGGGAUCCAGAUCAGGACGAACAGCUGCCCAAUCGUACGACACAACAAGAUCCACGACGGACAGCACGGGGGCAUCUAUGUGCAUGAAAAGGGACAGGGGGUGAUUGAGGAGAAUGAGGUCUACAGCAACACGCUGGCAGGAGUCUGGGUGACCACAGGAAGCACACCUGUCCUCAGGAGGAACAGGAUACACAGUGGGAAACAGGUUGGCGUCUACUUCUACGACAACGGCCAUGGAGUGUUGGAGGACAAUGAUAUCUACAACCACAUGUACUCUGGAGUUCAAAUCAGAACUGGAAGCAAUCCCAAAAUCAGACGGAACAAGAUCUGGGGAGGUCAAAAUGGAGGCAUUCUGGUUUACAACUCAGGUUUGGGCUUCAUCGAGGACAAUGAGAUCUUUGACAACGCCAUGGCGGGGGUGUGGAUAAAGACGGACAGCAACCCCACCCUCCGGAGGAAUAAGAUCCACGACGGGCGAGACGGAGGGAUCUGUAUAUUCAACGGAGGACGAGGUUUACUGGAGGAGAACGAUAUCUUCAGGAACGCACAGGCAGGGGUCCUCAUCAGCACCAACAGUCACCCCAUCCUGAGGAAGAACAGGAUAUUUGACGGCUUCGCUGCAGGUAUUGAGAUCACCAAUCAUGCCACGGCAACCCUGGAGGGCAAUCAGAUCUUCAACAACCGCUUUGGAGGGUUGUUUCUCGCAUCGGGUGUCAACGUUACAAUGAAAGAUAACAAAAUAAUGAAACAUCAAGAUGCCAUUGAAAAAGCUGUGAGCAGAGGUGUCACACCUGUAACACAACAGACCGCAACGCCAUCUGUGUGAACUGCAUCAAGAAGUGCCACCAGGGGCACGACGUUGAGUUCAUUAGGCAUGAUAGAUUCUUCUGUGACUGUGGAGCCGGAACCUUGUCAAACCCCUGCACGCUAGCCGGAGAGCCUACGCACGACACGGACACACUGUACGACUCMGCCCCUCCUAUAGAGUCCAAUACGCUGCAACACAACUGAGCUGGACCUCCCACCUCCGGACCUGUUCCCUAUAUAGUGCACUACUUUUGACUAGGACCCUAUGCUGGCCAGGUCAAAAGUGGUCCAAUAUGUAGGGAAUAGGGUGCCAUUUUGGACCGACACAGAAACUCCUCUUUGUUCAGCUAACUUGUCCACUAAUGCAUGGGAAGGAGGAUCAAUACAAUACAAACUGUUAUAAAUAUUUCAAUUGUUUCACACAUGCAAAUAUGUAAAAAUGGAUGUUGUGGUGGAUAAAGACAAGCUGAAAGGAGACAUACAUUUAUAUACUGAAAAAUGUUCUGCUGUGGAUGCACCGCUCCCCCUUGUUUUCCUUCCCAGCAACGUAUUGGCGGAGAGGAGAGGACCUGGUCGAAAGUAGUGCCCUAUGAAGGGAAUAGGAUGCCAUUUGGGACUCAGAGAUAUUGACUCAGGUUGAAGGAGAAUUAAUGGGAAGCAUUGCAGUUUUAUAACGGAGCUGGGGAGAGGUGGAUGGACGCUAGCCAUCUUCAUGCCCCCCCGCCACCUUUGCGAAGUGGUCAAGUCAGACUGCAGUUAUUGUACAGAGCCAUGAAUGAUGGCAGGACGGCACAGCAACGCUCAGAGCCAUAAAAGGAACCAGUUCCUCGCCACACACUGCCUAUGUCUCCAGGCAGCAAACCCCCGUGGCAUUGGUAUGGAUACAACAAAUGAAAUAUUAAUGACCUAGCACUUCCGCUUUUAAUUUUUUGGGUGAAAACAAAGUUUUUGAUUUUAAAUGCUUUUUUCCCCUGUAGCUUUGUAUUUUCAUGCAAAAAUGUUACUGUACUUGAAUGUCUUAUUUUAUUAAAUAUAAUAGUUUUUUGGGGUUAUUCAACCAUAGACUUGCUGUAAGUGUACUCAUGUCGCAGUAUCUACGUUCUUUCUGUGAAAGAGAACCAACAAAAACAUUUUCCCCAGCAAUGUUGACUUUCAAAUGUGAGACUUUUAGAAUUGAUCGUGGCUGUUUUUGAGUCUGAACACCUUUUCUUUUUGUCUGCAAUAUGGAGUUCAAGGAGCCAUGAAUGCUUCUCUACAUAUUUCCUAUUUGGACCAUACUGCAGGUAAAACCUCAGUAUAAUUGUCAAAGUAUAAGCGCUGGAUUCAUUUCGUAUUGUGGGAAAUCUGACCUAAAUUUAGGGUAAUUUCCGAUUGAGCCGACACAUGCAACUUUCACUGUGAAUGCAGUCUCCAAAAGCAGGAAUAUUGAUAUAAAGGCAUUUUAUAAUGCAGGUAUUUUGUAAUACGGAUUGAAUCCAGCCCUCAGUCUUGUGAAAUCACAGCUGUCUUCAUUUAGGCUCCAAGGUCCAGGGUGUACUGUAGUGCUUUCCUAGUCUGGUCCCAGAUCUGUUUGUGCCGUUUCCCAUAAUGACCACAGGAGUUGUCAACGCCACACGAACAGGUCUGGGACCGACCAGGGGAGUAAAACAUUGCUGGAGCUUUUAAUUUUUUUUUUAACACUAGAGCUCUACUGAAUGAGACUAAGUAUCCACACAGCGGUAAAUGGUUUAUUACGUUCCCCUCCACCCCAUCCAUGUGUAUUGGUGACUGUGGGCUCUCAAACAGCUUGAAUUGUAUGCAUGUACCAUAACACCCAGACUUAAUAUAUUGUGGAGUAUUCAAUAACCAUUAUGUAGAUGCUAGUGAAUUAAAAGGGUUUACUUUCCUAGA